GCCAUAUUAGCUUGCGAGGUAUUGUUGAUAGAGAAAGUUGAAAGAGUCGUCCUUGGUGUUGACGGAAUAGCAGAUCCUGUCGAACCACAUACCUUCUGGAUCAACCCCUACGCAGUGCACUUUGGUUUACUCAAAGUCUCUGAUAUGGUUCGCGUGAAUGAUAAAGGGGAUCGAGUGGAUGGUGCAAUCAAUCCUGUAAAUCCAGCGGGCUUUAUGAUUCACUCAGCGAUCCAUCAGAGACGACCUGAUCUCCACGCUGCUUGUCACAUGCAUAGUCCGUAUGGGAGAGCAUGGAGCACAUUUGGAAAGGGAAUCGAUAUGUUGAAUCAAGGUACUUUGUCCUUUCCACUACCUUCGCGGCCCACCCAUAGCUUGAACAAUGCCAUCUGGCUGGAUCGACAUUGCUUUCUUCUUUUCGGCUAAGAUUGAUAUCUCAGAUUCUUGCAUGUUCUAUGAUGAUCUCUCCGUCUACCCUGCCUUUGGGGGCGUGGUCUUCGCCCAGGAGGAAGGCGAGCGAAUUGCAGACUAUCUUGGCCCCAAGAAUAAGAACCUCAUCAUGCAAAACCAUGGCCUUCUCACCGCGGGUGGAACGGUAGCUGAGGCAGCUGCGUUUUUCAUCGCCCUAGAACGGGCAUGUCAGACACAGCUACUCGUAGAGGCAUCAAUUGCACCAGGCUCGAUCGGUCACAGUAUCGGGGAAAUUAAAAAGACACUUAUCGACGAUGACGUUGCACUGUAUACCAAAGAAGGUACUGGCAGCCCUGAGGCUAUGUACAUGCAGUUCGAACCUGAGUAUCAACUUCUACUGAAGGAAACUAAUGGCGAUUUUCUGCAUUGAUCCGGAAAGGGGCGAGGCCAUAGCACAUAUUUUUCCGUGGUAUUCAAUCUGACAUCGUUUAUCCUUCUCAGAAGUACUCUGUGGAGAAAAAGCUCCGUCGCUUCUAGACCUCUCUGCGCUUGGGCCAUAGUGACUUCCAUGGGGGCUAGAUGUAGAUCGUCAGCAACUCAGCAUGGAUCCCGCUAAAUAUAGCUGGAAGUCGAUGCUCAGAGCAGAAUGAUCUCAUCGUUACGGGAUCCCAGCGUCAAGUCUUCCCUGAAACAAUAAUCAGUCAUCUCAUUCGGGGAGGAGAUCUCAAUGUUGAGUCGGCGCGUAAAUUCCACGGAUGAGCCAAUGACUUGUUUCUUCAGUGAUGUGCUCUAACCGGUAUUGGAGAUAGCUCGUUUUGGUGUCUAGGAGUCACAUUUGACCCGCCUGCACAGACCUCCAGCCUUUCCAUGGAUCUGAUGUUAUUUUGCUUUGGCCAUUGUUAUGAUGAACGGCCGGCCUUGUUGAAGUCGAUAGAUGAUACGGUACGAUGGUUCGAGAACUGUGUAAAUACGAGACUGUUUCGGAAGGGAAACCAUCGUGCGCUUACGUGGUAAAAAUUACCGUCCAUCAAAACUUCAUCCUGUAGCUAUGUGUAUAGCUUCAUUGAAAUGAUAAAGAUCGC